AUGGAGACAGACCGGAGUCACAUGACCAAGAGGAUAUUAAACCUCACCCUGGAGAUCAUCUACCUGCUCACCGGAGAGAAUUAUGUGGCGUUCAAGUUCUCUGAUGGUUUAGUGGCAUCGAAUUUGGUGAAGACCCAGCGUAGCACUGUACAGCCCCCAUCUCACUCUCUGAGAAAGAACAAGAAGGUCCAAGAGGUCACCAGUGAGAUCAUUGAGCUGCUGACUGGAGAGGUUCCUACAAGGUGUCAGGAUGGCACUAUUUAUUUUUCCAUGGAAGGAUGGGAGUAUCUAGAAAGCCACAAGGGUCCAUAUGAGGAUGAAAUGAUGGAGAACCGGCCGCCCCUCACAUUACAGGAUGGAUCCAGUAACAGAAAUACCCCAGAGAGAUUUCCCAGCCCCCUCUAUUCCCGGGACUCCACACAGGAACAUCAGGAGAUCCCUCAGAACUAUCAGGAAGGAUGCCUAACUGGAUAUAAAACUCAAGAUAUGGAUGAGGAUGUGGUAUAUGUGAAGGGCUAUGAGCCGUGUAAGUAAGGAGGAGAUCCUUCCAGAGAUCAGCACAGACCCGGAGACACUCAGACAGAGGUCAAAGUUGAGGAGGAGGAAGGAAGCAUAGAUUAUGUGAAAAUUGAAGAGGAGGAAAUCCCUAUUGUGAUUGGUGCAGAUCAACAAGAUCAAGUGAGUGAUACAGAGAAGCAGCCAAUGAUCUCUCCAGAAAUGGCAAAUGACAUGACCUAUGACUCUUCAGAAGAAAAUCCCAUUGUUGCACUCCGCCAUUCAAUACCUUACAGUGCAGAUCUGUUGUCAGAUCCCUCUACGUACGGGAGGAGUUUCACUGAUCACUUGCCUUCCGUCGCCCAUCGUCCAGAUCACAGGGUGGGUGAACCAUUCCCGUGUUCCAUAGGUGGGCAUUGUUUUGCCCAGAGGGCAAGAUCUGGAUCUCACCAGAUGCCUCACACGGCGGAGAAGCCAUAUUCAUGUUCUGUGUGCGGGAAAUGUUUUACCCAGGUAGGAUAUCUUCCUUUACACGAACGAACGCACACAGGGGUAAAGCCGUACUCAUGUUCUGAAUGCGGAAAGAGCUUUUCAUUCAAUUCAACUCUCAACAGACACAAAAUAGUCCACACGGGGGAGAAGCCAUUCUCGUGUUCUGAAUGCGGGAGAUGCUUUUCACUUAACUCGACUCUUAUUAAACACCAGAGAACCCACACUGGGGAGAAGCCAUUUUCGUGUACGGAGUGCGGGAAAUGUUUUACCCGGAGGGACCACCUUAUGAUACACCAGAGGACUCACACAGGGGUGAAACCGUACUCUUGCUUGGUGUGCGGGAAGAGUUUUACCCGGAAAGCCAGUCUUCUUGAACAUCAGAGAACUCACAUGGGAGAGAAGCCGUAA